CUGAUCAACAAGCCGAAGCAUAGAGAAAUAUAAAUCGAACUGGCAACGCCUUACACAGAAAAUUGGUCUGAUCUCGAAAUCGUUCAAAACACAUAUAUUUCUCGUUCCAGCUAGCAUCUUUCCCUCGUUUUAUGAUCUGAAAUUUUCACUUUUUUGGCAUUUCCCCAAAUUAUGGCAGAACCUCGGAAAUCACGUGUUGAUCAAAUUUUAUAUGGAAGCACAGUAAAACAUGGUGAUGAGCCGAAAACGGUUAAGAAGUCUAAGUGGAAGGAACAGUACGGAAAGAAUGUUGAGUCGGUCAUUUCAUGUGCAAGCAAAUUUAAGAAAUUUUUUCAUUCAAGACCUGUUUCACGAGCAAAGGCUGCAGCUUCGAAAGAAAUUCCUAAUCCAAAAUUUCCCAUACACGAGUCAAGCAAUAAUGCAAAGUCAUCUUUAAAAAAACCACCAUUUAUUGUACCAGGGAAAAUUGUUUACAAUGAUCUUCACCUCCUUCAGUCUAUUAGUCAAGUAAAGUGUCUACCUGCCAAGAAAACCGUGACAAGAACAGGUGUUGGCAAGGUGACUCCCACCCAACAGCAGGUGACAUCCAGUCAAGCAUCAGGUAAAAUCAGAUCAGCAGCAAGUGUCGCCAAACCAACAGAAAUAAAAAUAGUUCCAUGUCCGAAGUGUAAAAAAUGUGCCCCUCUAACAGGACUGGCUCCUGAACUUUCUGUCCCAUCACACCCAAUCAAUUUAGUUGAUGACUUUGCUGCCAGCUCCUCUUCACGUCUUUCUACACACAAUCCAUUUAUUGCUGUCGAUCGAAGGACUUCAGUUCAGAAACCAUUCAGCAGAUUAUUGAAUACGCAAGAAUUGUCAGCUCCGCAAUUGUUUGAUUUUCAGGAAGAUGGCUCAGACAUCGACAGUUCAGAAGACUCGGAUGGCGAGCAACCUUUGGAUAACAGACGUGGCAACAAUCAAGGUGUAACCGAAGAGAUCGCUGAAUCAAAACUUGAGAAAAGCGAUACUUCUACUGAGGAAGAACAUGACGAAAUAAUUGAAUUAGCGAUAGUUCAUCGAAAUAACGAAGACACCAAUAACAGUACGUUGGAAUUUACUGAAUCUGGAACAGAAUCUCCCAGCAAAACUCAAAUCGAAGAAAGUCCACUUCAGCAGAGUUUGCAUGCCAAGAACAACAUGGAAGUAGCCCAACAGUUACAAGUACAAGAAGUUCACCAAACUAAAGAAGACACCAGUAUGAGUAAUUCUGAAGUCAAUGAGCCUACCGUUCAAAUAGCGUCUCCCAACAAGGCUGAACUCGAAGAAGACCAACUUCAGCAGAGUACGCAUGGUAAAAACAUGGAAAUUGCCCGGCAACUACGAGCCCAAGUAGAUGAAAAGAAAACACAAUUGGAUGAAUUGUGUCGUUUAUGGAACGACAAGCUCAAACAAGACAACGCUAUACCGGACGACGAAACAGGGGCUGUUCUCACUGUUAUUGGACAGACACAGCAACUUCAGCGCGAAAAGUUUCAUCAGUACGCUGGCCUGAUACUUCAAUUUGAGAACAACAGUGACGAGAAGAAAAUUACGAAAACUGAUUUGGAAGGCUUUUGGGAGAUGAUUUUGCUACAGGUAACCGAUGUUGAAAACAAAUUUACCGAAUUAGAUUGUCUUCAUAGAGAUGGUUGGACCCGCCAAGAAACUGUCCAUUUCCAAUUGAAGAAAACAAAGAAACCAAGAAAGAAAACUGAAAAGAAGAAAACUAUUGGCGAAGUUGAAGUUAAAUCGUCUGGGAUCAGGUCUCAUAUUGCCUCUCUGAGGAAAAAACAUAUGGAAUCAAAUUCGUUGAAAACGGAUGAUUUUGUUUCUUACGCUGACCAGUCAUCGCUUUUGAAUCCCAGAGAAGUUGCUUCAGCUUCAGCUUUAAACCUUACCGACAAACCGUGCCAAAUGGGUCAGUCAGCUAUUGAGCAAAUAAGAGAUGAAGAAUUGUCUGCUCCGAGUGGAAUACAAGCUGAAACCCCGGUUUACUCCAAACUGAUCAGAAGAAUGAAGCACAAGUCUGAAAAUCAUACAUUCUUUUCUUCGCCUCAUCAGUCCCCAUGUCACACGGAUAGUCCUCGACCAAGAAGUCAUUCUACAAAUGUUAUAUUGGAUCAUCCUCUUUUUUCAACAUCUUUAGCUAAGAGGGAAAAAGUUCUGCCACCCAGCAAAUUCCUUGAAAUUCCCAAGAUACAAUUUUCCCCAUCGGCACAAUGUACUACUCGUAGUGGGCGACCAAUUCGUUCCCCCGAUAGAUAUGGUCAAACUGAAGAACUAAGAAUUCACCCGCAAUCAUCUGAAAGCCCAUCUACGAGAGUGCAUGUCACUCGUAGCGGACGAAUCAGUCACUCACCCAAAAGAUUUCCACAAACAGAAGAGGCAAUGGUUUCCUCGUAUACACCUAAAUCACGGAUUAUUCAAUAUACCAAACCCCAGCAGCAAAACGCAGAGAUAAAUUCUUUGACUCCUGAACGUGUCGGUGACAUUCCCAUAAAUAAAGAAGAAAAUAACAAUGAUGUAAAUGAAGGCUUUUCGGCCACACAUUUUGGUUGAAGAUUUUGAUUUCCUAUUUGUUCUUGUAAUCUAAAAAGAAUUAUAUUUUGAGAGGUAUGCAAUAUCUUACACGAAAGAAUACAAAUGUUGGUUAUACAAGCAAA